GGGUCGCGGAGUGGACUGGUGGUCGGCGGGGCAGCAGCUGGGGUGUCGAUCUGCCCCCUGAUAGGGCUGAUGGCCGGCUGGAAGGGCUCGUCACAUCCAACAAUGACAGAUUUUCAUGCACAAGUCUGCGAUGCAGCUGCACGCGCGCGAGGUGCACCGCAGCGAGGUGAAGCCGCACCAGUGCCAGCAGUGUCUCAAGUCGUUCUCCUCCAACCACCAGCUGGUGCAGCACAUCCGCGUCCACACCGGAGAGAAGCCCUACAAGUGCUCCUACUGCGACCGGCGCUUCAAGCAGCUCAGCCACGUGCAGCAGCACACCCGGCUGCACACAGGUGAGCGGCCGUAUAAGUGCCACUAUCCGGAGUGCGGUCGGGCUUUCAUCCAGCUGUCGAACCUGCAACAGCACCUGCGGAACCACGACUCGCAGAUCGAGCGCAUGAAGAACCGGCCGUUCCACUGCCAGAUCUGCGGCAAAGGCUUCGCCACCGAGAGCAGCCUGCGCACGCACACCACAAAGCAUGCUGCGCUGAUCGGCGGGCCAAACGCCGUCAACUGUCCAAUCUGCCACAAAAUGUAUCUGGGCGGUGCGGCGCUGAUGGAGCACAUGAAGCACGUGCACAAGGACCCCAACGCCUCGGGCGUGGCAGCCAAGCGUCGGACGCCGAACCACCCGUGUCCGGUGUGCGGCAAGCAGUACGUCAACGAGGGCUCCCUGCGGAAGCACAUGGCCACCCACCCGGAGGCUGCCGGGCUAGCGGCGCCGCUGAGGAUGUGGCCCUGCUCCGUCUGCCAGGCCGUCUUCACGCACGAGUCCGCGUUCCUGACGCACAUGGACCACAUGCGGAUGGAGCCCAAGCACCAGUUCGCCGCUCAGUACGUCCUCUCUCGGGCUGCCGCCGAGCGGCGAGAGCGCGAAACUCUGUUUGCCGCCGCCGCCGCCGCUGCGGCCACCUCCUCCAUGGGCAUGAGCGGGCACCACAUGUUCCCGGCCAUGUCCAUGGCCAGCAUGAACCCGAUGAGCUCGUCUCUGAUGGCAGCCGUCUCGGCAGCCUCGCCCUCUGCCCACUCGGACUCGUCCCGUAUCUCCACGCCAGCUGAGCCCAAGCUGGAGCCGCGGCUGGCCGGUGGGGGCUCCGAGAUAGACAGGUCGGACUCGAUGGCCGUCAGCUCGCGACUGGCAAUGCUCAACCGGCUGACGGCGCAGCAUCCGGUGGCCAUGACCGGGUCAUUGACACUGCAGCCGUCUGCUCUUCAGCAUCAGCAACAUCAGCAGCAGCAGCAGGCGCAGCUGCAGCAGCACCAGCUACAGACGCAGCUCCAUCAGCAGCAGCAACAGCAGCAACAGCAGCAACAACAGCAGCACCAACAACAGCAUAUGCGCGCCAUGAUUCAGCAGACCCAGGCCGAGCUGGUUAGGUCGACGCUGAACUCUCAGGCGGAGGGCGCCCGCUCUCUGGAUGUGCUCCGCUCGCUGCACGCGCCGGCGGGUGACGCAAUGGACGGCGCCAUGCGACACCCGGAGCUGCGCAUGUUUCCGUCAGAGCUGACCAUCCGCUCGCCGCACGAGCUAUACGGCCAGCCGGCGGCGCCGACGGCGGCGGAGGAUCCGUUCCGGAUGUCGGAGUCCCUGCGGCCGCCGCACGACCCGCGAGCAGGUCUGGGUGGCUACCUGACCUCCCCACAACAGAACUGA